AUGGAAGUAAGUGCGGAUCAGCCCCGAUGGAUGAGCCAUCAUCCCGCGGUGUUGAACGAGCAGCAUCCCGGCUCGCACCACCCGGGACUCGGCCACUCAUACAUGGACCCUUCCCAGUAUCAGCUCGCUGACGAUGUGGAUGUACUGUUUAAUAUCGAUGGGCAGGGGAACCACGUCUCUCCAUACUAUGGAAACUCUGUCCGAGCCGUCCAGAGGUACCCUCCUCCUCCUCACAGUAGCCAGGUGUGCCGUCCCUCAUUACUGCACGGCUCCCUGCCCUGGCUGGAGGGGAGCAAAGGCAUCGCCCCGCACCACAGCACUUCUCCCUGGAACCUGAGCCCCUUCCAAAAGAACCCCCUGCACCACGGAUCCCCGGCCAGCCUGUCCGUCUACCCCUCGGCCUCCUCCUCCUCCCUGUCCACCGGCCACUCCAGUCCGCACCUCUUCACGUUUCCCCCCACCCCACCGAAAGACGUGUCCCCCGACCCGGGCUUAUCCACCCCGGGCAGCAGCUCCGGGCGGCAGGAGGACAAAGAGUGCAUAAAGUACCAGGUGACCCUGGCCGAGAGUAUGAAACUGGAGUCAGCUCACAGCCGGGCUGGGUCAGCCUCCCACCAUCACCCCAUCGCCUCAUACCCACAAUAUGUCCCCGAAUACGGGCCAGGCCUCUUCCCACCAAGUAGCCUGAUAGGUGGGUCAUCUUCUAGUUAUGGUUCCAAAACAAGACCAAAAACAAGGUCCUGUUCAGAGGGCAGAGAGUGUGUGAACUGCGGGGCCACGUCGACCCCCCUGUGGCGGCGGGACGGUACGGGUCACUAUCUGUGUAACGCCUGCGGACUCUAUCACAAGAUGAACGGGCAGAAUCGCCCCCUCAUCAAGCCCAAGCGGCGGCUGUCGGCAGCCAGGCGGGCAGGGACCUCAUGUGCAAACUGUCAAACGACAACGACGACGCUGUGGCGGAGAAACGCCAACGGGGACCCGGUGUGCAACGCCUGCGGCCUCUACUUCAAACUGCACAAUAUCAACCGACCUCUGACCAUGAAGAAGGAAGGCAUCCAGACCAGGAACCGGAAGAUGUCCAGCAAGUCCAAGAAGAGCAAAAAGUCCCAAGACACCAUGGACGACUUCUCCAAGAGCCUGAUGGACAAGAGCAGCUCCUUCAGCCCGGCCGCCCUCUCCCGCCACAUGUCGUCCUUCCCGCCCUUCUCGCACUCCGGCCACAUGCUGAGCACCCCCACACCCAUGCACCCUUCCUCCGGCCUCUCAUUCGGCCCCCAUCACCCCUCCAGUAUGGUCUCAGCCAUGGGUUAG